AGACACGCACAUCACGGGGACAGGAAAGGCGGGGUGGGGGCACAGUAACUUAAACCUUUUUUUAAACAACCCACACUAACGGGACGGGGUCUGACACAACCGGGGCGUGACAGGACGAUUAAACAUUUAGUUUUUUUUAAACAAGUGUCAACCAGGGCACUGUCACCUUUCGUCCUGCGCACUCACUGCGUCUCCCGUGGCAUGCAAACACACCGCACGCGCCAGAUUCCGUCACGUUCACUUGUUAUCCACGAACUGCCGCGAUGGUUAAAUGUCCUGUUUAAUGGUCGAGAGGUGUGGAGCCGGCACUUUUGAAUGGUUGGAGCAGAAUGCCAUACAGGUUCGCAUGCUGGUGCUGGAGGAGCUGUGGGGCCGAGAUCUCAUGAUGCGAGACUCCAGUCUUGGCGUCGGGGUUUGUCCAGAUGAGCCCCCUGGCUCACCGGUGUGGGGACCCUUAAGGACUCCUCCUGUUACUUGUGGUGGCCUGUCGCUGGCCCUGGAGCUUCCAGCUCUCAUACGGCAGCUCAGGGCAGCCUGGAGAGCUCGCAGGGGGGGGGCCCAGGGGCCAGAGAGAAGUCAAGGCAACACUUGGGUUGCAGAGAAGGAGGAGGUAGAAGAUGUCAAGCAGGACAUAGAGUACAACAGUGCUCAUCUGGAAGCUGAUGGCAGGCUGAACACCGGUCAUGGUAAUGCUGGUGUCUUGCUGGCAGAAAGACGAGGCUCUUACCCGCUGAUUGACCUGAGGAUUGUGAAAACCAGUGCCCAUCAGGGGGAGGUAGAGUCCGGCACCAGGAAAAAGUUGAAGCGCCUCCUGAGCUUCCAGAGAUACUGCCACGCCUCCAGGUUGCUGAGGGGGUUGGUUCCCCACACCCCAGGGUCCCUACACCUACUGGAUGAUGAUUACCUGGGACAGGCAGCUCACAUGCUGUCAAAAGUAGGCACGUGGAACUUUGACAUAUUUCUCUUCGAUCGUCUUACAAAUGGAAACAGUCUGGUGACUCUGAUGUGCCAUCUCUUCAAUGUCUAUGGUCUCAUUCACCACUUCCAGCUGGACAUGGUCAAACUGCACAGGUUUCUUGGCAUGGUGCAGGAGGACUACCACUCCCAGAACCCCUAUCACAAUGCUGUUCACGCAGCUGACGUCACUCAGGCCAUGUACUGCUACCUGAACGAGCCAAAGCUGACCGAGCAGCUGACCCCCAUGGACGUGUUCCUGGGCCUGAUGGCAGCGGCGGCCCAUGACGUGGACCAUCCAGGGGUCAACCAACCCUUUCUCAUCAAGACCAGACACCACCUGGCCUCCCUCUAUCAGAACACGUCUGUGCUGGAGAGUCACCACUGGAGAUCCACUGUGGGCAUGCUGAGAGAGUCAGGACUGCUGUCCCACCUGCCUGCCGAUAUUUCGCAGGACAUAGAACAGCAGCUGGGCUCUCUCAUCCUGGCCACAGACAUCGGCAGGCAGAAUGAGUUUCUGCUAACGUUCAGAGAACAUCUGGACAACCAGGACCUGGACCUUCAACAGGCUUCACACAGACACUUCAUCCUGCAGAUUGCUCUGAAGUGUGCAGACGUCUGUAACCCGUGCCGCGUUUGGGAGCUGAGCAGGCAGUGGAGUGAGAGGGUGUGUGAGGAAUUCUACAGGCAGGGUGACCUGGAGAGAAAAUUUGAUUUGGAAAUCAGUCCUCUGUGUGACCAGCGGGCAGAUUCUGUUCCAGCUAUCCAAACAGGUUUCAUCUCCUACAUCGUGGAGCCGCUGUUUGAGGAGUGGCACCGCUUCACUGAGCCCAGUCCGCUCAGCCAGGCCAUGCUGGGCCAACUGCACAAGAACAAAGCUUGCUGGAGCCGCCUCCGACAUGCCAACCAACCGUCAGACACGCAAACCGAGGAGCCCGAAGGCGACGGGGAGGGAGAAGACAUCCCUUAAUGCUCUUCUUGUUUCUUGGGGUGUUUGAUUUUCCUGUGAUCAUGGAGGAGAGGAGUUUUUUACCAAACUCCAGGUUUAUCCUCCAGAAUGUUUCCUCCCACUGCUGGUGGCUCACUGGCUUUGAGAGUGGGAGCACUGGAAAGGCACAUGUCUCAGUUAUUGAAGAAACGGCUCCCUCUGCUGGAGCAGCAGAGGAUUGGUAGGCGCUGCUCAGAGAACGCAGGGGAGGGAACGCUUCAACCUUAGUAAAUAAGUGCAAAUUUUGAAAUGCCUUUUUGUUUAACCCUGCAUAACAUGAAUGGAGAAAAAUGGAUCAGGAUUUAAAGGUUGUGGUCGCUGACUAAAUGGAGGGAAUGUUACGCUGCUAAAACAAUAGAGAAAUUACUAAGCCAAAACUAUACCCAGGUCAGUUUGACUGUGCGGGAAAAUACGUGAAAGGAUUAGAGGACUGUAUAAAUAUGUCACAGGUCUAUGCUUUUAAACCUUAAGAAAACACAAAUAUAAAUUUCUUUUUAAAGUUUUUUGUACUGCUUGCACUCCUGAUGGAAGAUUUUUUCAUAUCAGAAUCUCACUUGUCUACUUCUCACUGAGACGUGUGUUUCAAGAACUAAAUUGGUAUGUCAAGGUGCUGUAAAGUGUCACACUUUGAGUGUUUUAUCUACUCAGCCGAUCGGUUUGAGAACUAGCUUUAGUUGGUUUGGACAGUCUGAACACAUUCAGCUGGACUCGAGUCGGAUCAUUCUUAUGAAAAGACAGAUUUCCUCUUGAUUUUCAUACUAUAUUAGAAGCAGUGUAACCUGUAGAUACUUUGAUGUAUGACAUCAUCACUUCACAUGCCAAAAUCUUCAGAACUUUUUCACAUCUUUAAAGAGCAUGGCCAUUUAGAAAUACAACUCACCUCGCUCUGAUGUGAUGCUCUGUGACAGCUACACAGGUGCAUUCACUUAUAGGUUCAACUCACUUUACAAGCUCAUGCACAACAAAGCCUUAACUGCAAUUUGGUUUGUCAGGGAAACGCGGGGUUUCAAAAUGCUCAUUCACACUUUCUGCCUGUUGUCCUUCAGCCAUACCAGCAUACUGAAAUACAACAACAGAGUACUGAGGCAGCUUUUUUCCUGCUUGAUCUUUCACCCAGUGUCAGGGUCCGAUUGGAUGUCAGACCCUGUAUUGCCAAGGUGCCAAGUUACUGUAAAGAUUAUGCAGUCACUGCUCUGUUACCUCACUGAGGCUUUUCUAGAGAUUCCUUGCCACACUUGCAGCAGGCACUGUGCUGACUUGGGCUGAGAAGUAACCACACACAGUUUAAAUGUAUUAUAUCCAGCAGUUAUUAUAAAGAAAGAGUAUGCUAUCAUUAAUGUAAAAACAUUCAGUUCACUAAAAUUCUAUUACUUAAUAUGUGUAUAGUCUCAAUGAUGAGACCGAUUAUAUUUCCUAUGACAAAAGAUAUGUGUAAAUACAUAGUUGGUCCAAAUAUCAGUUGUACAACAUAGUUUUUAUUACUCUGCUCUAAACAUGUACAGUUAAGGUUUUCAGAUUUGAAAUUAAUCUCUGGUGGGAUGGACACUGAGCACCCAGUGUUUACAGAGCUCCAGCCCAGAUCCCUCCUGAGCUGCAGAGCAGCUGGCUUCAACGCAGAGUAUUCUGUAAGAGCAUCACAAAUGUGUACAAAAUGAUUAACUGAUAUGACAGGUGUUUUUUAAAACUAUUAUUUCUGCCUUUUCAAUGAGAUGCAGUGCAAUAAUGUUCAAAUUCCAGGCCGCUUUCCUUUGGUUCUACUCCCCGGGCAGUUAUCUUGGAAAUGAUUUAUAUGUCUUUAUAACAGGCUUUGCAGGAGGUCCCGGUUUAUAUCAGCCGCUCCAUGGUCACCGUUUCUACAUCACUGCUGUGGUGGAGACUCACAGACUGAUGGAAAAAGCCUGGUGUUAAUCACUAAUGUCAUUUGCCGGAAAGUUUACAGAUUCAGUCUUGUUUUGAUUUGUCACAGCUUCCAGGGUUUAGGGCAAAGCCUGUCUUCACAUGUGAACCGGGAACCAAGUUAGGCAUCAUUAUCUUUAAAAAAAAAAAAACAUGCAGUAUUUGAUUCUCUGUGAGUCAGUGUAGACCUGGUCCAGACAAGCAGGCCUUUAAAUACCUCUCAGAAUUAAGACUGUUACAGGGUGACUGAGCCAUACUGGUUUGACAAAGGACUACUCUUAAACACUGUAUGUAACACCAGAUUCAUAUUUCAUGGCCUAGGGUUAAGUCUCAUCUCAUGUUAAAUCUGCUAAUUGAUAUGAUUUCAGACUAAAUUUAGAGUCAAAUCAAAAUGGUAUUGUAUGUAUUCUAUAUUUGUUUUCAUGUGCCCUAAGCACCUGUCCUGUGUUAAAUCUAUGGUAAUUUGAUAAUUAUUUUAAAAAAUAAUUUGAUAUAUUUCUACUCCGGAUUUUAAUUUGUCUUCAAUACUAAACCAGAAAUGUCUAUUUUACAUAACAUAAUGAUGAUCAUCUGUUUUGAUUAGAGUUCCACCUAUCUCAUGCCAGCUACGUCGUGACCGUAUUUCACACUGUGUGGGGAUUGUAAUAUUUGAAAAGGGGGCCACAUUCUGGUUUGUGGUCCCUCAGGUGAUUCAAACAGGGUGUGAAUGUGCAUGGUGGAUUGGUCACCUGACGUCUCAACUGUAAACUUGUUUUCUGGCAGCCACCUACUGAGCACUGUGAAGAGCAAAUAAACGUUUUUAAUGUACAGAAAACGAA